UUAAGAGCCGCGUGUCUCUCGGUGUUUCCUACAUGUUUCUCGAGAGCAGAGAAGUAAUAAGAAGUCAUGGCAAGAACCAAGCAGACCGCCCGUAAGUCCACCGGAGGCAAAGCCCCCAGGAAGCAGCUGGCCACCAAGGCUGCCCGUAAGAGCGCCCCGGCCACCGGCGGCGUGAAGAAGCCUCACCGUUACAGGCCCGGUACCGUGGCUCUGAGAGAGAUCCGCCGCUACCAGAAGUCCACCGAGCUGCUGAUCCGCAAGCUGCCCUUCCAGCGGCUGGUGAGGGAGAUCGCUCAGGACUUCAAGACCGACCUGCGCUUCCAGAGCUCCGCCGUCAUGGCUCUGCAGGAGUCCAGCGAGGCUUACCUGGUGGGUCUCUUCGAGGACACCAACCUGUGCGCCAUCCACGCCAAGAGGAUGAGUGGUCGUGGCAAGGGAGGCAAAGGACUCGGGAAAGGAGGCGCUAAGCGUCACCGUAAAGUUCUCCGUGAUAACAUCCAGGGAAUCACCAAACCCGCCAUCCGCCGUCUGGCUCGCCGCGGCGGUGUGAAGCGUAUCUCCGGUCUCAUCUACGAGGAGACCCGCGGUGUGCUCAAGGUCUUCUUGGAGAACGUUAUCCGUGACGCCGUCACCUACACCGAGCACGCCAAGAGGAAGACGGUCACCGCCAUGGAUGUGGUGUACGCUCUCAAGAGGCAGGGCCGCACCCUGUACGGCUUCGGAGGUUAAAUCACUGCCUCAUCUCACCUCAACACAACGGCUCUUUUAAGAGCCACACACAUCAACCAAAGAGCUCGUUUCUGCUAAUGUAACAAUAUUGAAUAAUACACACGUAUGUCCUUAAAAUACAUUUCCGUUCACAAAUACUUGGACAAGAGAAUAAUGU